GAUGAUGAGACCAGAACUGAAAAGCAACUAAGUACAACUGUUGUUACUGUUACUUCAUGCGAUGAAACACGUUGUACAGAGUCUGCUAAGACAAUCACUAAAGGUAAAGAUGAUGGCACAACUAAAAAGAGUACAGUCACAACUGUUGUAACAGUAACAUCUUGUUCUGAUGAUAUUUGUGUUGAAGUUCCAGUCUCCACAACAGUUGUUAAGUCUAAGACUGUGACACCAACUCCUCAGACUCCAACUGAAACCGUGGGAGCCCCUGAUAUUACUCAAGGUGGUGUUUCCCCAGAGCACGACACAGAUCAAAAAGAAGUCACUUCAAAGACCUCUGUUGUUGAGGCAGACUCUACUCAUACCUCUCCGACUGUGGAAACUUUUGAAGGGUCUGCUGUGAAAUUGGCAACUUCAUUCUUCGCAGUUGUGAUUCUAGGUCUGAUCACGUUCUAA